AAGCGACACCAACCCAAACCCCGAUAAUGUAUGUAGAAGUAGUAGUAUUUUGGCAUUUUAGAUUCUCAAUCAUCUCUUCGUCUAUUUGCCAAGUAUAUAUCGCGAAACCCUUUUCUUUGCAUGCUUCAAUCACCCCAAAACAACACACAUACACCAAGAACACGCAUUAAAACCACCUCUGCCCACAGGAUUGUAACAUUAGUGGGUUUUUUCAAUUGAAUCCUCUGCUCGCUGAUGGGUCCAAUAAGAGGAAACAAGAAGAAAAGGAAAAUAGAGUUGAAAGUCGAUAUUGAAAAUGUUUUCGCUUCUGGGUCUUCUGAAGAGGGCUCUUUUGAUUGGUGGGACGAGUUCUCCAAGCGGAUUGCUGGUUCAUUAUCUCCAUCAAAAGGUCUGGAUCAAUUUGAGACAGUUUUCAAGGUUUCAAGAAAGACAUUCAACUACAUAUGCUCACUAGUAACCGAACCAAUGAUGACAAAAUCAUCAAACUUUAUUUUCUUAAAUGGGAAAUCAAUGUCCAUUAAAGAUCAAGUGGGUUUAGCUUUAAGAAGGCUGAGCUCCGGCGACUCUUUGAUCGGAGUAGCCAACUUCUUUGGUACAAACCACUCCACAGUCUCUCAGGUGACCUGGCGGUUUGUGGAGGCGAUUGAAGAACACGGGCUCCACCACCUCCAAUGGCCUUCUAAAGAAGAGGAAAUGGCAAAAAUUAAAUCAAAAUUUGAAAAUAUUAGAGGCCUUCCAAAUUGUUGUGGAGCAAUUGAUUCCACUCAUAUUAUGAUGUUGCUCUCUGCUUCUGAACGAUCCAUUGAUGUUUGGCUUGAUCGUAAGGACAAUCACAGUAUGAUUUUGCAGGCGAUCGUGGACCCCGAUAUGAGGUUCCGUGACAUAGUCACAGGAUGGCCCGGAAAAAUGGACGAUGCAUCUGUACUCCAAAAGUCAACUUUCUUUGAAUUAGCAGAAAAACACGAAAGACUAAACGGACCAAAACUAAAACUUUCAGAAAAAACCCAACUCCAAGAAUACAUAGUUGGAGACUCGGCUUUUCCUCUACUCCCAUGGCUAAUAACACCUUACCAAGGUCGAGAUCUUCCGGAAACAAAAUCAGAAUUCAACAAACGACACUUUGCAACAAGAUUGGUGGCUCAGAGAGCAUUGGCCCGCCUUAAAGACAUGUGGAAGAUGAUUCAAGGAGUGAUGUGGCGACCCGAUAAACAUCGGUUACCUAGAGUUGUUCUUGCAUGUUGUAUCCUUCAUAAUAUUGUGAUUGACAUGGAAGAUGAUGUGUUGGAUGAGUUGACUUUGAAUGUGACACAUCAGCAUGACUUGGGGUAUCGGCCUGAGGUUUGUGAAGUGGCGGAUAACAACGCGUCGCUUUCGAGAGAGAAGUUGGCGCUUUAUUUGUCCGGGAGAUUGCCAGCUUGAGCCUUGAUUCAUGUAUCGGGUGUUUGAUUCAUGAAUUUGUAUAUUAUAUAGUAGAAUGCUUGAAGUUUAAGAGGGAUUUUUUUCAUAUAUACAUAAAACGUUUUUGCAUUUUACGAAUUGUGUUCUUGCUUAGAAGUUAUAAGUUUAAAUCUUA